AUGCGUGCAUUCAUUGUCCUGUGCUUAGUGGCUGCUGCCUGCGCUCAAUAUAACUACCAACCUAGCGGUGGUGUUGGAGGAGGUAGCGGUCUUGGCGGAGUUGGAGGUGGUAGUGGUCUUGGCGGAGUUGGAGGUGGCAGUGGUCUUGGCGGAGUCGGAGGUCCUGGCGGUUUUGGCGGAGUUGCUCCUGCCGCUACCCCUUUGGGUGAUUUCCCCGUAGCUGGCAAUGACGCUGCUUCCGUAGGCCCACAGGGUGAACUUGAAAAGGAAUUCUACACUUUCACCGCCAACGAUAAUGAUUUCAAUGAUCCCUCCGCCUCCAACCAAUUGGCCAAUUCAGUUAAGCAAGGUCUCCGUGUCAUCUUCAUCAAGGGCCCCGAAAACAAUGGUUUGGAAGAUGCCGCCUUGGCUUUGGCCAAACAAGCUGCCCAACAAGAAACCGCCAUCUAUGUCCUCAACAAGCAAGCCGAUCUCAGCGACUUGGCCAACAAACUCAACAACAUCAACACCGGCAACAACAACAAACCCGAAGUUCACUUUGUCAAAUACCGCACACCUGAAGAUGCUGCCAAUGCCCAACGUGCCAUUCAAGGUCAAUAUGACUCUUUGGGCGGCAAAUCCCAAAACUUCAACGGUGGUGUUGCCCCCGUCCUUAACUUUGCCUCUCAACCCGAAGUUCGUGCCCCAGCUGGUGCCGCUACUGCUCCUGGUGCUUCUUACUUGCCCGCAUCAAUUUUCCGUGCCUAAGUACGAUUUCGAUUAGUCCCUAGGGACUGGA